AUGUCCCUCAUAGCCGAUGUCAAGCACUACGACGACUUCGAAGACGAUUCCGACGUCUACAUCCACGAUGGCUUAGCUCUUCAACCCGUAGCCGGCACAGCCGUCGCGCCACUUCCUUCCAAGAAAUGCAAGCUGGAGGCUGAAGAGUUUUUAACUGGGGGCCGUGGGAGAGAGAAUGGUAUUGUCGUGGUCCGUGGCGCACUCCGUAGUGUCGAGUCCCCGGAAAAGGGCCCACUCAACGUGGUCGUCAAGGUGGCCCUCACCACUGCCGCGCUCGGUAGAGUCAUCGAGGAAGCCAAGGUCUACCACGACAAACUGCGAGACCUGUCGAGUGGCGGAGACUGCAUCCCUCGCUCGUAUGGCGUGUACCAUGUCGCCUCACCCGUGAACGCGCCCGAAGAGCUUUGCGUCGGCUUUCUCAUGCUAGAGGAUUGUGGAGAUCCCGUCGGGUCUUUCGUGCACUCUGACAACGCCGAAGACGUCUCGUUCCGUAUCCGCCUUCUGACGCUUGUCCACGAGAUCCACGCUCGCGGUCUGAUGCACAGACAGCUGUCGCCGUACCACGUUCUGCACAGGGACGGCACGCCGUAUCUUGUCGAUUUCGCGCGCGCCAUGGACCACCAGUGCCCGCGCAAUGCAGACCGCCCGACCGACGCCGAGUACGGCAAGCUCGUGCAGCCCGCACGCGAGCAAUUCGGAUGCAACGAGAUCUACAAUUUGAUGGAGAAAACGCAGGCGUGGUUGCCGGCCAUGUUCAUAUGCAAAGGUCGUCCUUGGAGCGCGCGCUAUUUCUUGGAGAACCCUGAGGCUUUAGCCAACAAGAUGCUCGACAUCGAGUCUACGCUCCCCGCUCUGGCUCCUCGGCAGUCGCCCCGUGAGGCUUUGACUGCGGUGCACCGAGCGAUCUGCGGGUAUUAUAAGCAGCAUCUUCCCGCUCGCGGUGCCGCGUACGAAGAUGAUCUUGAUCUUAAUUUGGAGCGGUAUUGUCAGGCGUAUGAGGACGAGGUCGCUCGGAACCCCUUUGAUGCGUAG